AGAGCCGAAUUUGCACUAAUUCUGACGUAUGUGCGCCAGUUGGAAAGUAGAAUCAGAUUUGUCACUACGAUGCUCCUUUCUUUGCAUGGGCUGCCAAACGGUUCCGCGAUUCGGUCACCUGGCGCGGUUCAGCGGUUCGGUCAACUCAGCUCAAGCUCUCGGCAUGUGCAUGGACGGUGGAUUUCGUGAUGCGAAUGAUGAGUGCGCUGCCUGCCGAGUGCGCUGCCUGCCGAGCCCACGGCAGGCGCCGGGACAAAUUCGUGAUGGGGUAUUACAAGAGUGAGCGACCGAGCGCACCACGGGAGGCGCGCGCCGGAACCCUUUCGCGCUGUAACCCGAUUCGCACGGCCGGACCCUCGUCACCCGCAGGUGGCGGGUCCGGCUCCGCACGCUGGGAAGCGUUAGCGUGUGUGUCUGGGUUGCCGCCGUAUCUUCGCGCGCAAGAGAUCGCUGGCCUUUUUUACGCCCUCCUAGCCUCAUUCGGGUCGCUGGCCUUUUUUACGCGCUCCGAACCUCGUUCGGUGCUAUCUGAUUCUUAUUCUCUGUCUGAUUCUCUGUCUCGAGUGCCUGAGCGGUUGUGAGCGGUCUUGAAAGUUGUCGCCCGGUUCCAAAAGGUGAAGGUCGUUUGGUAAGUGCGUGCUCGGAGCUACAGCAUGCAGCAUACUGUAACGAGGUUCAAGCUCAAUAACGGGGAUGAGAUCCCCGCUGUGGGAUUAGGGACGUGGAAGAUCGCACCUGAGGAAGUCGACGCUGCUGUGUCGACUGCUCUGGAGGUAAGGGUUGCUCAUUUUUCCAGGGUGUUUUUGGAAAUUCUCAAGAACGCCCUGCAAACUCUUGGGAAAUCGAAGGUCGCACCUGAGGAUGUCGACUCGACACUGCUAUGUCUACUGCUCCGGAAGUAAGGGUUGCUCACAUCAUUUUGUGGAUUUCAUAUACCCUCUGGCAUUAAUAGGGGCAUUUUUAGCUCUGAUGUACCGUAACUCCCUUUUGGCUUUCUCCCUUUUUAUGUUGAUCUGAAUCCUUUGCUGCUCAAUCAAAUGCGCUUGGAGUUUUGCUAACAUUUCUGGGGAGCUUUCGGCUUUUAAGGCAUUGCUCAAGUUACCUCCAAGGAAUUUCUCAUCCAUUACUAUUUCUGCCUCUUCCCUUCCGUUUGCCCUCUCCUCCAUCUUCCAUUCCUGUUUCAAUCCCCUCCCCCUCCCAAUUCGUCCACUCAUACAUUACUACUAAUGUCUGCCUCCUCCCUUCCCUUUGUCCUCUCCUCUCCUCCAUCCCCCUGUUUCAAUCCCUCCCCCUCCCAAUCUCUUCCAUUCAUACAUUACCAAUUUCUGCUUCUCCCUUUGCCCUCUCCUCUCCUCCAUCCUCCUGUCUCAAUCCCCUCCCCAAUUAACCUGACACCUAAAGGCCGGCUAUCGCCACUUUGACUGCUCAACCAAAUACAAUAACGAAGCUCAGAUUGGGAGGGCGCUAGAGGAUGGCAUGGCACGGAUGGGCAUUGACCGCAAGGACCGGCAUGGCACGGAUGGGCAUUGACCGCAAGGACCUUUUUGUCACCUCUAAGCUCUGGCCUUCGGAAUUCUCUCCCCCUGACGUCAUCCCGGCUCUCGAAAACACCCUUGGAGACCUCCGGCUCACACAUCUGGACCUCUUCUUGCUCCACAUACCCGUGCAAAUGGCCAAGCCUUGGCACUCCCCCCCUAAGAGAGAAGACAGGGUGCUGCCCUGGCAGAUGGCAGCAGAUGGAGGCAGGAGUGGAGCGGGGAUUAGUGCGCGCCAUCGGGGUCUCCAAAUGGUCGGUGACGAAGCUGAAGCAGCUGCUGAGCUGGCGGCCCGUGCACGCGCCAGCUGUCAACCAUUUGGAGGCGCAUCCCCAUUGGAGGCAGGAUGCCAUGCUGGCGUUUUGCAAGGGCGAGGGAAUACAUGUGUCGGUGGCCAGCAAUCUGCACCAGUCCGCGGCGCAAGUGGCCUUGCGGUGGGGCGUCCAAAGGGGAAUGAGUGUGCUGCCUAAGAUCAGCAGCCCAUGGCACAUAGAGGAGAACAUUGGCCUGUUUGAUUGGAACAUACCCCCCCUGGACUUCCACGCUCUCUGCAUGAUAGAGCCCCAGAGGAGCUUUGGGACGACGAGGCAGACACGGCAGAUGAAGACGGUAAGGCAAGGGAGGGAUGCAUGGCAGCUGUGGAGGAAAGGCAAGGAGGGUGAAGGCCGGUUGUUCCUGGAGCCAGAGAAGCUUUGGGACGAUGAGGCAGACACGGAAGUCGAGGGGGACAACGGAGAGGAAGGAUACAAAGCAACGGAGGGAUUCAGGGCAGCUUCGGAGGAAAAACAAGGCCGAGCCAGUGCAGGAGACGACUGGGAGGAGCGAUGGCAGUGGGGCAUUUUCCUCUCAGUCUGUACAAUGAAUAAACUUGGUUAUUCUCAUUCGUCGUGGACCGUGGUGUCUUCCUUCGAAGACGGAAUGCAGAUCCUCCCAGUGGAAUGCAAAUCCUCGCAAUGGAACGGAAAGCCUCUGUAAAUGAGAAGAGUCAGGUGCUCUUGAGCAGCCAGUUGGCUUGGGAAUGGGGGAUAUGAUAUGAUGGAAAGUGAAGUGAGCUCCACAAGCAAUUAAGGCGGGUG